UCCCCUCCCCCCCUUUCCCCUCUUUCUCCUCUCACUUUCUCUGUCUCUCCCAAACUCCAGGAUGGUAACCCAAGAAACUUUCCACCUUGGAUCCACAAUUCUGAUCCCCAAGCGCACCCUGCACAUACGCCGCAGCCUUAAGCUCCGAGGUUAUUUAUUCUAGGUGUGAUUCUUUAAAAAUCGGUCCAAUCCAGGCCAUUAUUGCCGGAGGGGGUUGGGGUGCAGUCUUAGCGGGGUGAAUGACACCUGAUUUAUCACUUUAAAAAAGCAUCCUCCUGGCCUGCCCCGGGGAGCUUAAUGAGCUUGGGUUUGGGGGCCUGGGAAGCUAGGGAAGAAGCGAGCGACAAGAACAAAAAGGAAGGCCCUAAAAGCUCCGGGAGGGGGAGAGGAAGAGUAUCAGGGGAGGGUGUGCCAAGUCUUUGACUAAUUCCUUCAACUUCCCGCGUCCAUUCAAGAUUCUCAGCACAGUUUGGGAGGUGCGGGGGCGGAGCGGGAGAGAGGCCGGGACCCGGAGCCCUUCGGCUGUCUUCCUGGGGAGGCCGGCUCUACCCCACUUCCGGUCCUGUCAGCCUCUCUUGGGGUUGCUAGGAGACGUGAUAUCACCGGAAGCAAGGCUCCUGAUAGGCUGAGGCAAGGAGAAGGCACGCCCCUUUCCUCCCUCAACCCCCGCCUCCCGGCCCCCAGCCUAGCCCCGCUGGCUCCCUCAGCCCCUCGGCCUGGCCCCGGAGUGAGGGUCCGCGGGCAGUAAGAGCGUGGGUGUCCCUCCCGUCCCGGACGCCUGCAGGCCGAGCCGCCUCACCCCGCGCGUGGCGGUGUCCGGGUCUGACGUCUCUGUCCUCCGCCGCCGGCGCGCCCGCCACGUCCGCGCCCGGGUUCCGUCCCCAGCCGGGAGGAGGCCGUCGCGCGGCCCGGCGUGGCUGGCGCGGAGCUCCGUGCGUGGAGCGCCACAGAGCCGGCACGCGCGCGCGAUGACCGCCGCUUGCCCCCGGCUCUGGCGGCGGCAGCUGCUGCUGCUGCUGCUGCUGCUGCAGUCCGUGCCCGCCCGAGGCUGGGAGAACGCGGACCUGGAGCUGUUCGACCUGGUGGAGGAGGUGCAGCUCAACUUCUACCACUUCCUCGGCGUGCAGCAGGAUGCUUCAUCUGCAGACAUCAGAAAAGCAUACCGUAAGCUUUCACUAACUUUACACCCAGACAAGAAUAAAGAUGAAAAUGCAGAAACUCAGUUUAGACAAUUGGUGGCUAUUUAUGAAGUUUUAAAGGAUGAUGAACGAAGACAGAGGUAUGAUGAUAUUCUGAUCAAUGGACUACCAGAUUGGCGACAGCCCGUAUUCUAUUACAGGCGGGUGAGAAAAAUGAGCAAUGCUGAGCUGGCGUUACUCUUGUUCAUUAUUCUCACAGUGGGCCAUUAUGCUGUGGUUUGGUCAAUCUACCUGGAAAAACAGCUGGAUGAACUGCUUAGCAAAAAAAAGAGAGAAAAGAAGAAAAAGACAGCAGGCAAGAGUGUGGAUGAAGGCAAACUUACUGCUCUGGAGAAACAUGAAAGAUUGCUAAUGAAACCACAAUGGCAUGAUUUGCUCCCAUGCAAGUUGGGAAUUUGGUUCUGCCUCACUUUAAAAGCCCUGCCUCAACUAAUACAGGAUGCCAGACAAUUUUAUGAAGAAUAUAAAGAAACAAAACUGAAGGAAAAAGAAGAUGCCUUGGCUAGAGCUGAAUUUGAAACACUUCAAAAGGAAAAGAAAUCUAAAGUUAAAAAAACGAAGCCAGAAUUUCCCAUGUAUACAUCUUUGGAACCCAGUGCAUAUAAACCUGUUUAUGAUCAUGGAACUUCUAUAGAAGAAAUUGAAGAACAAAUGGAUGAUUGGUUAGAGAAUCGGAACAAAAUACAAAAAAAGAAGGCACCUGAAUGGACAGAAGAGGACCUCAGCCAGCUGACAAGAAGUAUGGUUAAGUUCCCAGGGGGGACCCCAGGUCGAUGGGAAAAGAUUGCUCACGAAUUGGGUCGAUCAGUGACAGAUGUAACAAUGAAAGCCAAACAGAUGAAGGAUUCUGUGACAUGUACCCCAGGCCUGGUCAGACUGUCCGAGCUCAGGGCCACGGCCCAGACCGCCAAGCCCUCCAAGGGGGCCGUGGCCUUGCCCGACCACCUCCUCACUCAGAGGGAGGAGGCGGCGGAGGAGGCGGACGGGGACGCAGCUGGGGCCGAGCCCGAGACCAGGCCCAGGCGGCGCAGAGCGGCGCCCAGGGAGGAGGCGGAGGAGAGGCCCCGCGGGCGGCGGCAGAGGGACUUCGACAUCAGCGCGCAGGAUCCGGAGAGCGACGAGGAGGGGCCCGGGAGGAGGGCCCGGGGCCGGCCUGCGGCAGAGGAGCUGUGGACACAGAGCCAGCAGAAGCUGCUGGAGCUGGCCCUGCAGCAGUACCCCAAGGGCACGUCGGACCGCUGGGACAAGAUCGCCAAGUGCGUGCCGGACAGGUCCAAGGAAGAGUGUAUGGCUCGAUACAAGCUGCUGGUUGAACUAGUGCAAAAGAAAAAACAAGCCAAGAGCUGAAUCUUCUGGAAGAAGAAUUUUCCUUUCAUUUUCCAGAAUGAGAGAAUAUUUUAAAUGUCAUCUGCAGUGAUUUGCAUUUUUGUACCUCAGUAUUUCUAUACGUCAUGUGCCUUAGUAAAAGAAAAUACCAAUAAAUCUUAUGCCAUCUUGCUUAAACAUCGACUGUGUUAAAGAAACUAAACUGUAUUUUUGCCUUUGAAGAACUAUUUAUCUAACACUUCAUUGUAAAGUGUCAACUGUUUUGGAAAACUUCAGACUCAUAGUUUCCUACUGGUUAAGACUGUGUUUCUGUGAUUGCGUGUGUGUGAGUGUGUGUGUGCAAGCAUGCAUCAUGCCUGUGGGAAAAGCAAUCUAUGUAAACAAUAAACCAAUAUGUAUUAAAAAUA